AGUGGAUUAGAUAUAGUUUAAAGACCCUAAGAAUUGGAGGCUAUCGAAAACAGCGCGACUGCCGAUGUAAGAAGAAGAAGCACAGCGAGUGGGGCAGCCAAAGCAACGAGAGUCACACGCACGCACACAGCCACACAAAUUACGUGCAGAGCGCAAUCUAUUCCCCCAUUUUCCACCGAAAAUAAAGCACGGCAGGCGGAAAAGCAGCCAAAUUGCGACGCAUUUUGCAGAGCAGAGCAACACUAACCGUUGGAAAUUGAAAAGAAAACUCCGGAAGAAGAAGAACGUCGAAGGGGAGCCACACAACAAUAACUUUGCAGAUCAGCAGAGCAAGAAGAAGCAGCGGCAGGCCAGCUGAGAAGUGAAGCGAAGAGGCAGGGGCGCGCGCAGAGGGAGAUCAGAUCAGGAGCAGCGGCUGCAGGGGGCGAGGAAGCGGAAGGAACAGAGACGUAGAGGCGGCGGGGAGCAGCCACCAUGAGCAUGGUGCGGCGGAUUAUCCUGCUGGGCCCCAAAUACAGUGUCUGGGCAAAGGGAAGCGGAGUUGGUCAAACACAGCGCUCGGCAAGAUGCGUUAUCCUGAGCGCAGACAAUGCGGAGGACAGCAACUGGGGCGUCCGACGCUUUCACCUGGCCACGCGGAACUGUGCGGCCAAUCGACUGAUGAGACUAGAGCCCGCGAUGGCCAUCCCGGCGUACAUUGACAUCACCAACGCCACGUCAAGAACGCCAGAGGACUCCAGCGACAGCGGCAGUGGAGCCAGUUCGUCGGGGGGCAGUGGAGCCAAGAGUCCCGGCGGCGGCGGUGGAGCAGGAUCUGGAGCAAGCACGACCAGUGGCGCCGAUCCGCCGGGCGGCGGCAGUGACAAGUUCCUCUCGUGCCCCAAAUGCGGCAGCGCCUGCACCCAGGUGGAGACCUUUGUGAGCUCCACGCGGUUCGUCAAGUGUGCCAAGUGCAACUACUUCUUUGUGGUGCUGUCCGAGGUGGAGACCAAGCAGCGCACCAAGGACGAGCCCAAGAACCAGCGCAAGCCACCUCCGCCGCCGCAAAAGAUCAUGGAGUAUCUGGACAAGCAUGUGGUGGGCCAGGACUUUGCCAAGAAGGUGCUGGCGGUGGCUGUGUACAAUCACUACAAGCGCAUCCACCACAAUCUGCCGCAGCUGCAACAGCAGGGCGGAGGAGCAGGUGGUGGCUCCGGAGGCGGCCUGGACGGCGUUCCCCGUCCCGAUCUGCUACACAUUACAGGGAUCGGUCACACGCUGAACAGCUCGCCGGGCAAUGAACUCCCUCCCAAAUCCCCUGCCCAAAUGGGCCUAGGUGGCGGCAUGGGCGGUCCCGGACUUGGCGGCGGACUCACCGGCGGAGCAUCCAGCAAUUCCCGUGGCGGUGGCGACCACAGAACCGGAUCGGAAAUACUUGACCGGCAGUCCACGGAUGUCAAGCUGGAGAAGAGCAACAUCAUCAUGCUGGGCCCAACGGGAUCCGGCAAAACGCUGAUCGCCCAGACGAUCGCCAAGUGCCUGGACGUGCCCUUCGCCAUCUGUGACUGCACCACGCUCACUCAGGCGGGCUACGUGGGCGAGGACAUCGAGAGCGUCAUCUCAAAGCUGCUCCAGGAUGCCAACUACAACGUGGAGCGCGCUCAGACAGGCAUUGUCUUCCUCGACGAGGUGGACAAGAUCGGUGCCGUGCCUGGAAUCCACCAGCUGCGCGACGUUGGCGGCGAGGGCGUCCAGCAGGGCAUGCUGAAGAUGCUCGAGGGCACAGUGGUCAACGUCCCAGAGCGCAACUCCCCGCGCAAGCUUCGUGGCGAGACGGUCCAGGUGGACACCACAAACAUCCUGUUCGUAGCCUCUGGUGCUUACACGGGACUGGAUAGGCUAAUCGCACGUCGCCUUAACGAGAAGUAUUUGGGUUUCGGCAUGCCUUCGACCAGCGGAUCCGGCCGUCGUGCAGCUCAAUCUGCCGCCAGUCCCAUGGACAACGAUCAGGAGGAGCGUGAUAAAUGCCUGACCAAAGUGCAGGCUCGUGAUCUCGUAGAGUUCGGCAUGAUACCGGAAUUCGUUGGCCGUUUCCCGGUUAUCGUGCCCUUCCACAGUUUGAACGUCAGCAUGUUGGUGCGCAUCCUCACCGAACCACGAAACGCUCUAGUGCCGCAGUACAAGGCACUGCUGGGCCUGGAUGAGGUGGAUCUUACCUUCACCGAGGAUGCGGUCAAGUCGAUUGCCCAGCUGGCGAUGGAGAGGCAUACGGGAGCUCGUGGACUGCGCUCAAUAAUGGAGCAACUGCUGCUGGAUCCCAUGUUCAUAGUGCCCGGUUCAGACAUUCGGGGGGUGCACAUAACCGCCGAUUAUGUCAAGGGCAGCUCCUCACCCGAAUACAGCCGUGAUGCGGACGCCCCGGCAUCCGGAAGCGUUGCCACGGACUCCGAUACCACAACCGAUAAUGAUAAGAACUUUGAGAAUAGUGAGAAAAUCCCCACCUCGAACCCCAUCACUCUGUAAAAUAUGACCCGCUGAGGAGUGAACGAAGGCUCCCGAAUAUAUUUAUAAUGAAUAUCCUCAAUCCCAUAUGCAUCUGUGAUUCAUAAUCGACGAGCAGCGCAAUCUAUAGAGCCCGAAGCAAUUGUAAGUGGAAUAACACGUCCUAAUGAGAAUGUUAGAAUGAAUAAAAAGCCACACUUUUUUAAACAUAAGAUCGGAAAUCUGCAAUGUUGGCAGCGAUGUGGUCAAGGUCUGUACCUAUUGGCGCUAGGAUCCUCUCUUGCAUAUACCAAUUAUAUAUACAAACGUAAACAUAUAUUUAGGCAAAUUUUGCGUAGUCUAAACUGAGUUUCUAAAUGAGUUCUGGUAGCGUUGUAAAGAUGACAAACGAGAAGCACGUUCUACUUUUAACUAAUUUAAGUUGAAAAAUCAAAUUUUUAAAAUACAAAAUUAAUAAAAAAAAUGAAACAAAUUUA